AUGGGCUCUUCUACACCAAGGGCGUUUCCCAUGGAUGUGGAGGACCGGGGUGAUGGCAUCGAGCAGGCGAGUCGGACCUUCGACUUCGUCUGUUUGGCAUUCCCCAACGGCUACCACACCAGCCAAAACACCUUUGAUGAGCAGAUCAUGGAAGAGGUCAAGAAGCAAGUGCAGAUUGCAAUGGUGAUGUCUGCUGGUGGUGGCGGAGUUCAAGGAACAACCCAGCUUCCCGUACCUCAGUUUGGUCCUCCGAAUGACUUGCAGCCGCGUGAGACCGACAAUGUGGAUGCAAAGGCCCCUGUGGACCUCCUCGUUCAAGGAAUGAGGGUGCCACGGAGUUGGCUCCUCUGCCCGAACUUACUGGUGAAACUGGAGUGGCUGUAUGUUGCAGAACAGACCAUUGGGGCCAUGUCAGAUUCCGCAGCCCAAUGGUAUGAGCGCACGCUAUCCUGCGCCAAGGAAGCCUACACAAGGUACCAGUUGGCCUCUCCUUUGGAACGACUCUCUGUGGCCCCCCGUAUGGCCCCGGAGCUACUGGAACCAAAGUGGGUGCGCUUGGACGGGAAGGUGAUGUCCCUGAUUCUCAAUGCGAUGCCGAAGGCAGUUAAGGAAGAUGCGGUCACUCACAGGGUGUCUUCGGUGGCUAUGGUGCUGUACAGACUACACGUGCUGUAUUCGCCGGGCGGCAUAGCAGAGCGUACAGCAAUCUUGAAGCACCUAGAGGGCGUGUCUGCCGGGGAUGCUGUGGUGGAUGUGAUUGCAGCACUCAGGAAAUGGAAGCGGCAGCUUACGCGAUCCCAGGAGAUGCAUCCAGAGAUGAGUUUCCGCCUGUCGCUUGCUCGCAAUGAGUUGCAGCUCCAAAGCAGACCGACGAAUGAAAGUGUCAUGAAGUUCUACGACCACCUCCUGGCAGAGAUGCAGCAGGCCUUACCGACCAAAUGGGCCAUGAAGGGUUCCAGUGGUGAAGCUCCGAAGAUCAAGGCGAUUGGAGCGGGAACUGGGGAGGUCGACAGCGUCUUCCUCCUCGAUGGUGGUUCCGAAGGCUGCGGCUAUGACUACUGUGACAGUGAGUUUCAGACCUUUAUGAAGGAGGUCAACACCAUGUUGCAACGAAUGACUCGGCUCAAUCGUCUUGAAGUGGUGAAGCCAGUGGCCCCGAGAUUGCGAAGAUGGAUGGACAGCUGGGCGCUGCUUGACUCUGACCAGACUGUACAAGUGCAACUGGCGGAUGGUCAAAGUGUGGCUCUUCAGCAAAACCGAGCCGGAACACUGAUGCCGGUGAAGGAUUCUGUGCUGGAACGAGGCGAUGGUCUCACGACUAUAGUUCCCCUUGGAACUUUGGUGCAAGAGUUGAAUUGCACAGUUUCCUGGGACAAACGAGGCCUACGUGUACGACAUCCGGAACAUGGGGAGCUCGUUAUGCAUGUGUCGGGAUCCUGCCCCUUCAUUGGGGAGACAAGGGCUUUAGAGCUCAUCGGCGAGAUUGAAGCCCGAAAACUAGAGCAGCUCAAGGCGAAUACGCUGGAAACGCAGAUGAGGGUCCUGGGCAUUGAGGCGGAGACCACCUUCGAGACCAAGCUGACAGAGUAUCGGAGGACCGGCAAACGAGCGGAUGGAUUGGGGGCUUUGAUGGCCAAGGACUCCCUGUUCGGUGAGCUUACAGAAUCCCAAAGGUGUGAGCUGGUUCAGGACAUUGACCUCAGCGAUGCGGCCGGUGUGUGGUAUCUGAAGGCGUUGCCAAUCAAGAGGUCUUUGAGGAGGAGGCUGUUGGGCUCCCAGUGGAUAGUCAACCUAUGUGCCGGAAGCGGGGACCGAUCUGACUUCAAGGCCUUGGAAGAGGAGGGCUUGGCGCUGUUGGAGUUGGACAUCAAGAAGAGCAAGGCCUUCAACUUGCGUGGGCCUAGCCAUGCCUAUCGUGCUCUUCUGUGGGCGGCGAUGCGAGGUCAGUUGGAAGGUUUGAUGGGCAGCCCGCCUAGAUCUGAAGGAGACGGAGAGCUGGUCAAGAAACAGUUUUUGUUGUGGUGGCUGGCAAGGGUCGCCUCAGAUGAACUGGAGUUAAGACGGCCUUACUUCGUGAUGACCAUGCCGGUGAACAGUGCACUGUGGACGUCUUCGGUGUGGGCACAAGCGCGGGAACUGGCUAUGAAGUUUCGGUGGACAACUUCGGGUAUGACCAGAUGUGUCACAAAUUUGCCUACGAACCUGGGCAACGUGCCUUGGGAGCGUCGAGGACCAGAAGGACAACUGGAAUGGAAGAGCUGGCGAGAUGGACCCAACAUGUUCGUCAAGGGCACACACCGUAUCACAAACGGUCUCAUCCCUCCAGGUGACAGUCAUCCAGUACUUAGUGGAGCACCAGGUCCAGAAAUGGUGGAAGCAAACAAGCUUGACGACUCUGUGGACAUGGACGGUGUGUUUGAAGUAGAAGUUGAAGAAGCCGUUCCACCAGUUGGGGAUUUGGAUAGAGAAGAAAUGGACCGGCUAAAUGAACAGUACAACGAGCUGGUCAGUACCUGCAAGUCAAGGCAGAUGGACUGGAAGUUUUCCGGCUACAUUCUGAUCGGGCUACUGAGCUUUGCAAUGGAAGGUUGCGUCAAUGGCUCCUGGAACGGGGCACAAACUCCACAACAAAAUGGAAGGGCGGAAUCAACAGUGAAGUUCGUGAAGGCAGAGGCCAGGCUACUGAUGACCACAGCGAAGUUACCGAAGCAAACGUGGCCCCUGGCUAUGAUGUAUGCCACUCACAAGCAGAGGCAUUUGGCUUUAGGCAGGACAGAAGAGCUGCCAACUUUUGGCACACCAGUCUACGUGCGCACGAAGGUCUAUGGUAGAGCUGGCAAAUACGAUGUUGACAACAAGUGGGCGCCCGGAGCUUAUGUUGGACCAUCAGAAGACGUUCAACAUGGACAUGUUGUCAGGUUUCCCGAUGGGACUUUCGUGACCAGCCUCCAUUUGAAAAAGGCUCUUGUGAACGCUGACGAGUUGGUUGAUCUAGAACCUCGAGAAAUUGAAGUUCCCCUACCAGAAAGAAGAGUUCGCGGUAAAACAAGGCUUGCUAAGCUCUUUGGUGUGCACCCUUUGACGGUUGAGGAGGAGCAGGCAGAGAACGAAGCUAAGAAGUUGUUUCAGUUGAAUGACUGGUCUGUGGAGGCAGUCUUGCGGCUCUACGACUACUUGAAGGCUAUUCAAGGCCACCGCCUCGCUGGGAGAGCAGCUUCGUCUCAGGGAUCUUCAUGGUAUACAGGUACUUUUGUGCAUGGUGGAGUUGCGGGUCUGAGGUCCUCUACUACACGUUUGAAAUGGUGCACCAGAUACCUUGUGGAGGCAGCCAAGAAGAUCAAUGGACACAGUGAGUUCACUGCUUUGGGUUUGAUGGAAAACAUGGACAUUGGUUACCACAAAGACUCGCAUAAUGAAGUGGACAGCUGGAACGUGGUCACCCUACUACAUGCUCCAGAAUGCGGUGGUGAUAUUUGGGUAGAGCAUGAGGAGUUGGAUCCCAGAUUCGCAGAGUGGAAACAAGUUGCACGAAAAACCUGGAAGAAAGGCUUUGCGCAUCGGCUGGAAGUGGGCCAACCCUUCAAGUUUCAUCCCCGAAGAUGGCAUGAAGUUCAACCAUGGACGGGACGGAGGGUGAUUCUGGUUACAUAUACUCCCAGGAUCAACAAGCUACACUACAUGGACCGAGAUGUGCUAGAGUUUAUGGGCUUUGAAGGUGAGCACUUGAUCCACAACAACGGUGUCCAGAACUCAAACGCGAUCCACAACAACGGUGUCCAGACCUCAGACGUGAUCCACAACAACGGUGUCCAGAACUCAGACGUGAUCCACAACAACGGUGUCCAGAACUCAGACGUGAUCCACAACAACGGUGUUCAGAACUCAGACGUGAUCCACAACAACGGUGUCCAGAACUCAGACGUGAUCCACAACAACGGUGUCCAGAACUCAGACGUGAUCCACAACAACGGCGGUGUGCAAGGUGGUGAUUGCGAAAACAACCACAUAGAGCUCCAUCUUCUCAGAUCACCAGAGGGUUCCAACAAGGAGUUGCUAGAUGACGUGUUAUUGGCAAUGGCGGAGGAUCAAGAUCAAUUACUUGAAGACCUGCAAGAGAGAUCUGACAGGCUACGGUGGAUGAUUGAAGAAGAAGAAAUUCUCGCUGAAGAACGCCGCCGUGCAGGCCAGCAAAUCUCAGAUGAUGUGGACCAUGUGCGGGCCUACCUCGACGACAUGAUCGAAGAAGUGAGCAAGCUCAAGGCGGCGAGCUCUUCUCGGGAUGUUGAGGCGUGCUUGAGGGCCUUGAAUGGAGUGGAGGAGCCGGAUUAUGAGAAGUUGCUUUCAGAGUUGGAGGGCGACUUGGAAGUGGUCCAUACAGUUCCUUUGAACCAAGUGAGAGCAGCUUUGGACAACUGGGUUGAAGCCUUAGAAAAGGAGGUCAAGCAGCUUUUGGAUGGAACUCUACGCCCAAUACCACUCACCAAGGCAAGAGAGCUUGAACGCCAAGGCCUUCUACGAUUGGUCCCGUCCAAGGGAGUAUUCACCCUGAAACCUCCUCUGGUCAAGGGCAAGAAGGUGAGAAGAAAAUUCAGAUUAGUCCUAUGCGGAAACUACGUGGAGCGAGACGAUGACACCUUUGACUUGUAUGCCGGGGGUGUUUCAGCAGACACAGUUCGUCUUUGCCUAUCAUACGCUUGUCAUCGUCGAUGGCGUGGGGGAACCUCAGAUGUGACGGGGGCAUUCCUUCUGGCAGAGUGGCCACAGCAUUUAGCUCGAUAUGCUAUAUUUCCCCCGAGGAUUUUGGUGGAGGCCGGCUUCGCCAGCGCAGAGGAUGCUUGGGAGGUCAUUCGACCUCUCUAUGGCUUGAGAGGGUCUCCUUCGAUAUGGGCAAAGCAUCGAACAGAUCGUCUACGUGAAGCAAAAAUCCCGUACAAAGGACGUACAAUCGUUUUGGUGCAGUCAACGGCAGACCCAGAGCUAUGGAUGGCAUAUGAUGAAGAUAGCACCUUGCGUGCUACGGGAGGUUUGCUGGCCCUGUUGAUCACCUAUGUCGACGACCUCUUUUACCUGGCCGAGCGUUCCCUCGUGGAGGCCCUCCAUGAAUGGGUGCAGAAGGAAUGGCCGUGCUCGGCGCUGGAAUGGGCAGAUGGUGAGCAGGGUACAAGGUACCCUGGAAUGGAGAUCAAGCAAACUGAGGACUGUUCAUUUGAGCUGUCACAAGAAGGCUAUAUUCGGGAGCUGCUCAGGAGUUACGGCUUGGAGGAAGCUGUGGACACUAAGCUGCCGUGCCCACGAGAAUGGUUGGCUGAUGAUGGUUCUGAGGAAGAAAACUUUCACAGCUAA